AUGUGCAAAUCGAUCGCCUUCGGAGGGAGAAAUUCAGUAUCUGCGAGACUGGGUUGUUUACGAGAUUAAAACUCACUUUUUGACAUCGCCGUGACACGCUGAAAUUGCGACUGUUUAUUUGGGAUCUCUUUAGCAAUAGAGAAUAGCUCCUCGUUUCGAAAGAAUCGAGGGCAUUACCCGCUUUGCAUAUGGCGGACGGUCUGCCAACGCCGAGAGGCGAGGCAGUUCCCCCUCGCGCGAGCGAGUGCAUAGUUUUAGCACCUCUUGGAGGGAGGGAGGGCCGCUGGUGUGUGGCAGUGGCCCCUAACCGGCAACCGGUGCCAGACCGACUCGGCCACUUAGUAGUUGAAGAGCAUCGUUGCCGAACGGUGUUGUCGCGUGACCGUGCGUCCUGUGUACACACACACACACACGCACACACACAUAUCUCAGCCAGUUUCCCUGUGCAAGUCGGGAAAGGAAAAAAAGAAAAGUAAAAGGAUUUCUCUUGAGAAGUUAUAGUAGAUCCUUCGUGGAAGAAGUUUUUUUGAGUUUCGAUAGAUAGGUGGUCAUACAUUUAUAUGUGAAAAUAAGGAAGUGGUGUAGUACUACUCGCUCGGCUUCUCAAUGAAUAAUCCUAGUUGAAAGAAAAGAAAGUAGAUCUCUCAUCAUCCUUAUUGCAAGUGACGUGUGAGUGCAUCUGGAGUUGAGCGAUGAUGAUUGCAAGCAUUUCAUAAAGCAUCCCGCAGGAAAAUAAAAAAAAAAAGAAAAGGAAUAUUUAAUUUUUUUUUCUGAAUCGUGUUCCGAAAUUUACAACUUCCUGCUGACGACGCGACUCGCUCCUCGCUGUCCACACAAUUCUUUUAUUCAGAAGGAAGACGGUGUUCAAGGCGUACCUCGGGUGAAGAUCGUGGAAGGCCACACUUGAGGUAAGCGCGCAGAUGCCGGAGGACCUUAUCAUAAAGAAAUAUUAUUUGAACUCGGUGCUUCAUCGCCGGAGAGAGAAGGGGAAGUGCUUAAAGGAGUUAUCAUGGGGAGGAGAUCGUGAACAGUUUAACUUCGCCCUACACCUGACGUCGCUGCUGUUAAGGUGGUGCGGGUAGGUGGGAGGGAGGAGGAGGAGGAGGAUGCCCGGAUGGAAGCCUCAGCCAAGACCAUCUAUUUCAUGGUGGGUUCCAGACUCGAAGUGGCCAAUAUCUCCCCUAAUGUUCGACCUGAUGACGUCAGAGAACUGUUCCGAAAUGCAGCGGAAGCAGGCCCGGGUGAUGUCAUCAAGCUCUAUUCCAGCGAAGGGUGUUUGCUAAACGCCGGCCCCGAUCUGGAAUCGAACACGCCCAACAACCCUUACAAACUGCACGUUGUUGCUACGCCAUGUAACGGCAAUAGAAUCAGCCGUUUGGGGAUAGAUCUGAUGGACUUGGAACAAAGGCUGUCAAAGGUGGAGAGAACGAUCGCUACUCUUAGCACUGAUUUGCCACCCGUCGUGGACGAGCUUCGAAGGGCAGUCGACACAUUCAGGAUGAGGCUGGAGACCACCGAGCAUCUCUCUUGGCUGGGUUUCUACAAGGAGGGGAUUCCAGAGCCGCGGGGGAACUUAGCCAACACCCACCCUUAUUGGCAGCACGUCCAGUACAGGAGAAAAGUCGACGACGAACUCAACAAGGUCUUCACGAAAUUCAGGGAAAUCUGUGAUGCCGUGGUGGAGGAAGACACUCAAAAUCUUCUGAGACUUCCGUCGUUCAACAACUGGGCCUGGGAGGACUGGGAGAUUCUCCUCCUCAUCCAGCACAUGUAUAAUGACCUCGGACUCACGACCAAGUUCGGCAUCGAAACGGAGGUGCUCCGGAACUUUCUCUGUCGGGUGUACCACUGCUACAACCAGGUUCCUUUCCACAACUUCCAGCACGCGUUCUGCGUCUCCCAGAUGAUGUACGGGAUGGUGUGCAAGUGUGACCUGCAGAAGAGGCUGGGUGACCUGGAUGUGCUCAUCCUCAUCACCUCCUGCGUGUGCCAUGACCUUGACCAUCCGGGCUUCAAUAAUAUCUAUCAGAUCAAUGCCAAAACUGAGUUAGCAUUACGGUAUAAUGACAUUUCCCCUCUUGAGAACCACCAUUGUUCAGUGGCCUUCACAGUGCUCGAAAGGAACGAAUGCAACAUUUUUAGAAAUGUGUCAGCAGAGGAUUACAAAAAGAUAAGGGAAGGAAUGAUACGUUGUAUCCUAGCAACAGAUAUGGCUCGCCACAAUGAGAUUCUCUCUGAUUUCCGUGAAAUCAUACCUGAAUUUGAUUUUAGUAACAGAGCCCACGUCAAUCUGUUGUCUAUGGUUCUGAUAAAGGUGGCUGAUAUAAGCAAUGAGGCUCGACCCCUAGAUAUUGCUGAACCUUGGCUGGAAUGUCUCAUGCAGGAAUUCUUCAACCAGAGUGACUUGGAGAAGCUUGAGGGACUUCCAGUGUCACCUUUCAUGGAUCGAGAGAAGGUGACGAAACCUUCGUCGCAGUGCUCCUUCAUUGGUUUUGUCCUGUUGCCUCUCUUUGAAGCACUUGGAAAAGUCUUGCCAGAGUUAGAGGAACUGAUUAUUCAGCCUGUGAAGUUUGCCUUGGACCAUUACCGCAGACUCAACGAAGCUACAAAAAAGGCUUCAGAUGAAAUAGAAAUACCUGAAGUAAUAGAAGAGGAAGAGCAACCAGAGAGACCUACUAGUCAGUUAUCUGUGGAAAAUUCUAAAAGAAUCAUACAAAAAACGGAGAGUUCUCUGAGCUUGAAAAGUCGAGCAUCUUCUCGCGGAUCAUUCUAUCGUUCCAGUACAAUAGACUGUGGAGAAAUGGAUCUGGAAGAUGUUGAUUUGACAGAGACAGAAGUUGAAGUGAGUGAAAGGACUUCCCGCUUUAAAAUCGCCACUGAUGUCCAUAAAUCACAGUCAAGAAGAAACAGUGCAGAACGUCGAAAUAGUGUGGGAGGGAGGUCAAGUUGUGAACGAACUGUUUCCCCCAAAUCUCUCGAGGAUCGUCUUCUUCCACAUGUGGAGGCAGAAGCAGAUGAGGAGAAUUCUGGGAAAAGUGAAAAAGAAUCUUCUCUUUUGUCACGCCUAAAGACAUUCUCAGAGCGCUUAUCUUCCAGUGACAGGGAUAAAAGCGCAAAUGGCUCUGCACCUUUUGGGAAAGGAAGCACAAGGUAUAAGCAAGGGACUAUUCAGGGGGUGCUCAAACGAAGUAGAAGUAAGUCAGAACCUGAUAAGGGUCGUUCUAAUAGAACGUUUCAUUUAUCAAGGCCUAGAAUUAGUUUUGGAAUCAGUACUCAGAAACCACAAAGUGAAGAAAACAUGUUGAGUGUUGGUGAAAAACAAUCACCCAAGGGAAAAUGCAGAGGUGCUGCUACAAGUGACAUAAUCUCUCCACUGGAAAUCAAAACUUCUACCUCUUUCGAACUCUUGGAACCAAAGAGAAAGCAGUUCAUGUGCUCUGAUGCUCAGCCAUCACCUACGCUGUCUGAAAAAAGUGCAUUAUCUUCCUCUAACUCAAUCCUCAAGCACAAAGGGUUCAGUCUCUCGCUAGACGUUCUUCCACGAAAAAAUGGUCGCUCAAGAAAAUCGGGCCGAGGAGACAUAACCACUCCAGAAAACACUCCAUCUGGUUCUCAGGAUGACCUUCUUACGGACAGCGUAGAGGCAAAGCCAGAUAGUUCCACGAAACAAAACCAACAACCCAUGCUCAACAGAACGAAAGGCUUUAAGCCUUUAGUUUACCUUGAAUCUCCUAAAAUCAUUAAAAAGAAAAAUGAAUCAGCAAGGUCUCUCAUUUUCAAAUCAUUUUCGUUCAGAAAAAAAUCUCCUGCUAAAGAUGACGGACUGAAGCACAAAAAUAGUGACUCCCAAGGUACAAGUGAAGAUAAGUUAUGACGUGUAGUAACUUGUUCAUGCAUUUGAAAGUUUAUUUAAGUACUACAUUUUCUUUUCUUUUUUUAUUUUUGUGUUGCCACUGGGAAGUUGUAUCAUAGUACAUAUCAAGACCUCUUAUGUUUAUGGUUGAGUGAGUCUUCCACAGUGAAACAUUUUUUGAGAAAAAGUACUUAAAUAUGCAUUCAGAUCCUUGGAAGAUAUAUAUUGAUAUUAAUUGCCUCGGUAAUAUUUACUGAGAAGAUUGGCCAUUCAAGCUCAUAUGUGAGACAUCUUACUCUGUAGGAGCUGAUUUUGCCACUCAUACCUCAGGAAUUUAUGUUGCAUUUUAAAGGUACAGCCUUGCUGUAGUUGAUGUAUUAUUUGGAUGAGUAUACAUCAAGUAUGUACAAAGUAUUGUUGCUGUAUUUUCAGAAUGCACUCUUAGUAAAUCAUGACUAUCAAAUGUAUUCCAAGAUAUAGAAAAAAUAAAGGUUUUUAUUUUUUAGUUAAAACUUGUCAACAAAAGCUGAUGGUCUGUGCAGUCAAUCUGUCUGGCUAUUAAUUGUGAGAAACAAGUGUAAAGCAUACAGCCAUGACUCCCAUAAAUGAGACCAUGCCAUUUUACUGUAGCUAGGACCUACGUUUACCUAUGAAUGUGCCAAAAAAGUAUCAUAACUACCUAAUAUUUAUCAGUAUUUUUCCAAAACUUUUGGAUGCAUUGUACGUUGUAUAUGUGGAUAUGAUACUAGAGUAGGAGGGUUUUUGUAAGUACCUUCAUAAAGAAUCCUCUGGAAUCAGGACCUAUGUGUUAGUAAACCUAGAUUUUUUCCAGCAUGUUAUCAUUCAUAUUGAAAUUUGAAGAUGAUAUUUUUAUCAAAGCAAAAUGUAAAUAACCCAGAUAAAUCUUGUUUUACAAUACUUUAUUUUCUGUACCAAAGAUUAAAUGAGGCUGACUUUCUUGUCUUGUGUUGUGAAUGGAAACCACCACAGGAUUUAGUGUUACCUGUUACGUAGAUGCUUUGCUGGUAUGAAAUUAGAAAAUGUAAUAAGCUGUACAGGAUGUUGUCACGACAUAAGAAAAAAAAAACAAUUGCGUUGGGCGGAAAUUAAUACCUAAUACUGUACCAACAUACUGUAAGCUGAAUGUCACUACCAAACCUUUAAAAUUAGUACAGUUAAUAUGUUGUGCCAGAAUGCUUAAGACUGAUCCCUUAUGAUAACUUCUGCUUCAGUAUAUACUGUUUUUGAAAAUAUAGUUGCUUUGCAUCCUAAAGAUGAAGAUUCAAAGUAAUGUUUUGUAAAGCAAUUGGAAGAUGGCCAUAUUACACACAGACAAACGAAUAUUUAAGCAUACGAGCUGUAAAAAUUACAAGCUGUAAUUUCCAUGCAUAUGCUAUGUAGAACAGAGUACACAUGCACUUGCUCAAUGAUCCUUGCUCGGCCACAGCAUUCACUCAUAGCAUAAAAAAGCAAACUGUGAUUUCCAAGCAUAAAAAAAAAAUUCUACUGUUUUCCCUUUAAAGAGUAAUGGUUGUUUUAACUUAAUGUAUGACUAAUAUACUAGUCACAUUCUAGGUUGUAUAGACUGUUCCUUUUUAUGUUUUGGAUUGAAAUUGCCAUCACUGAAAGUUUAUCUAUAUGUGUAAGUGUAUAGUAUAUAAGAAUACUCAAGAUAGUUACUGAACUGUUAUUUGUAGUAAUUUAAUUAAUGUUCUGUUGAAGGAUAGCAUUUUGUUGCAGAGAUGAAUGUUUGCUUUAAAGAAGUUCUUAUGUGUCAUGAAGAGAAUGUACACAAUUCCUUCUAGCUAUGCUGCAAAAUAGCAGAAACCAUUUCAGAAUGUAGAAAUGUUGAGUAAGUCUCCUGUGGUGUCCUAUCAUAAUACAAUGAAUAUACUGAGCCCUUGACUUGUAAGCGAACUAGCUAAGGCCUUUGCUAAUCAUAGCUCGAAUUUGUACACUAUUGCUGCCUGAAACUGACAUAACUUAAAAUAACACGCCACAGAGCUGCCUAUAAAUACUGCAUUUGUAAGUUCACACCAACGUGGAAUGUAUUGUCAAUAUGAGUUGCAGUUCAAAUUAUACAUUGGUUUCAAAAGGUUGUGCUAAAAAUGUUAAGACUGUGAUAAAAGGCAAAAACAAUGAAAUAGCAAGUCCUUAGCUAGAAAAAAAAAUUGGCAAGAAAUUAAGUCUCACUAUUUUCUAUGACUAAAAUGUACCCUUAUAUAUUGUACAGCUGUGUAAAGAAUAUAUAAUUUAUGUUUUCUUA